GCGGCCCCGCAGAGGCGGCGGCGGCGGCGGCCAUGGGGCGGCUCGGGCGGCUCCUGGCCUGGCCGGGGCGCGGUGUCCUGUGGCAGCAGAGCAGGAAAAGCUCCUUCCCCUUGCGCGCCAAGAUGCCCCCCUGCGACUUCUCUCCUGGAAACUACGAGUCUUAUCCCUAUGACCAUAUGCUGAAGAUCCGCAAACAAAAUGUCUCUCCCUCACUGGCAACAUAUUACAAGAAACCAUUGCUACUACAUCAGGGACAUAUGCAGUGGCUGUUUGAUUAUGAAGGAAGACGAUACCUUGAUCUCUUUGCUGGAAUUGUGACUGUCAGUGUUGGUCACUGUCACCCGAAGGUAACCGCAGCUGCCCAAAAACAGCUUGGUCGUCUUUGGCACACAACCAACAUCUACAUGCAUCCAUCAAUCCAGGAAUAUGCAGAGAAGCUUACGGCACUUCUCCCUGAUCCGCUUAAGGUGGUUUACCUGACCAACAGUGGGUCAGAAGCCAAUGAUUUGGCAAUGUUCAUGGCAAGGCUUUAUACUCGUAACUUUGACAUCAUCUGUUUCAGAGGAGGAUACCAUGGAGGCAGCCCUUACACGCAGGGUGUGACAUCCAUCAGAUCUUAUAAGCAUGGUGUCGCCAACGGCUUUGGCUGCCCAACAACAAUGUUACCAGAUGUUUUCCGUGGUCCCUGGGGAGGAAGCCAUUGCCGAGAUUCUCCAGUGCAAACUGUUCGGAAAUGCAGCUGUUCUGCAGGUCAUUGUCAUGCAAAUGACCAGUAUAUCGAACAGUUCAAAGACACUCUGAAUACUUGUGUGCCUAAGGGAAUAGCUGGAUUUAUUGCCGAGUCAAUCCAAGGUGUUAACGGAGCUGUUCAGUAUCCUAAAAGUUUCCUAAAAGAAGCCUUUCAGUUAGUCCGAGAGAGAGAAGGCGUCUGUAUUGCGGAUGAAGUACAGACAGGCUUUGGACGCACGGGCAGUCAUUUCUGGGGAUUUCAGACACAUGAUGUAGUUCCUGACAUAGUUACCAUGGCAAAAGGAAUUGGUAAUGGCUUUCCAAUGGCUGCUGUUGUAACAACCAGAGAGAUUGCAAAUUCCUUGGCUCAAAACCUUCACUUUAAUACAUUUGGAGGAAACCCUGUGGCCUGUGUAGUUGGAUCUGCAGUGCUUGAUGCCAUUGUAGAAGAUGGUCUACAAAAGAACAGUGAAGAAGUGGGGACUUACAUGCUGUUGGAGUUAGCCAAAGUGCGGGAUAAGUUUGAGAUCAUUGGAGAUGUCCGUGGCAAAGGACUCAUGAUUGGAAUAGAAAUGGUGAAGGACAAGGAUGGUUGUCAGCCUCUUCCCACUGAAGAGAUGAAUCAGAUCUGGGAAGACUGCAAAGACAUGGGAGUAUUGAUUGGCAAAGGAGGAAUUUAUGGUCAGACCUUCAGAAUUAAACCACCAAUGUGCAUCACUAAGCAAGAUGCAGACUUUGCAUUGGAAGUAUUUCAUGCUGCACUAAUGAGAUACAUGGAAAGAAAAGCUGCAAAAUAGACUCUAAACAGUUCCCUUGCAUCAGAUGAAGCUUGGGAAUUUAGUGCACACAUAAAUCAAUACUCUGGAAUGGUCCUGCAAUCUGCAGGAAAGUCAUUGGAUGAAGAAAAUGAGACCUUAUUUCACUGAGCACUUUGUGAAUUUAAAUGAUUUUGGAAGAUUCCUUAAUUUGGUGACUAAACAACAACUCACUCUUACUGUAAUGUCCUGUAUCACAAGAGCAGUUUUGCCUGUUGUGAACACACAAAGCCAAAUGAGUUAUUAAUUAGUGCCUUCCCAGUCAACUGGGAGUAGAGUACCUGCAAGACUAAUCUCUCAUCCCAGCUUUGGCAGCAAACCAGUGACUGACAAUUCAUACCAUCAGUACUGGGCAGGAAGCCCUCAGGCAGGGCCUGUCUUUAGUUACAGUACUGGCUGUCAAGCAUCUUAAAAUUUAAGUUCAAGCUGUGGCGAUUUCCCCCUCCAAUCCAACUUUAAUCCUGGCGACUCAGCUCGGAAGGAGCUGAUGGAAUUCUGGCUGCAACGUUGAUUCUACUCGAAGAUGACAUGCAGAGAUUUACUUUCUACAGUGACAUUGCUGAGUCACUAAUGACUUCAUUGAAUUUUAAGCUCUGGUGCUUUUAGAUAGACUUCCUUUAGUAGAUUUUAGCAUUAAAUUUUUGUUCCUGGAACAGAUGUGCUUCUACACCAGCAAACUAAAAGUGAUUACCCUUCCGUUUCAAUGAAAAGCCUCAACGUUUGGCUGUGUGGCUGCAAAGUGAAGAAAUGGUAACAAGUCCCUGUUUUCCCAUCCAAGGAGACCAGCAUCACACAACAAACCAUUUAACUCCUGUAAUGAUACCUAUCAAGAGCCUAAUUUUCCUUUAGGUAGUAGGAAAUAGCUGUAGCAGCAAAACAGAGGCAGAACAGAGCGUACUCAGGUUCUACUGCCAGUCAUUGCUAUUGGGCUGCAGGGCGCGGAGUUUCUGUGAAACCCUCCGAGAUGAUGAAGCCACAUAAGAUGACGCCUACCUCAGAACUCGCCCCUGAACGCUGUCUCCCACAGCCGUCUUCCCUCUGCUCUCACUGGCAGCAGCUCUCUGAGUUGUGUCGGCACCCCUGCUUCACAUAGCUAGAACAACCAUCCGCAGCUGGUGAAACAAAGUGCUGUGCUCCCCUGUACAAACAUGGGUAAGGAGUUCAGUAGUGUUUGCCAUGAGGUACCUACUGCAAGACUUCUAAUAAACAUCCUGCCUACUAACCAAGGAUGCUGCAUUUGCAAAUUACACAUUACGAAUGUUAGCCCCCACACAAAAAUCACUUUUUGGUCCAAUAAAGGCAUCAUACUGACCUUA